CCCCAUCUGCUUGCGGCUCCCUUGCCCAGUGCUGUGAGCGGCUCCUGUGUGUGAGGCGUCGAGGAAGGAAGGAAGACGGAGAAGAGGGACUAGGGAGGAAGAGACUGAGAAAUGAGAGCAAGCUCCGGCGCUUCCGACUCCAGGCAGUCCCCGGGCACCUUGGCUGUGUGAGCGCCGAGCCGGCUCCUCAUUGCACGGAAACGGUGUCAGUUCGUGGCUUGCACAAACCCGCCGCGGCGGCAGCAUGAGCGCGGAGGGAUACCAGUACCGGGCCCUGUUCCCGUACAAAAAGGAGAGGGAAGAGGACAUGGAGCUGCGGGUGGGGGACAUCCUCACCGUCAACAGGGGCUCCCUCCUGGCCCUGGGUUGUGGGGAGGGCAACGAGGCCAGACCGGAGCACAUCGGCUGGCUGAACGGCUUCAACGAGAACACGGGAGAGAGGGGCGACUUUCCGGGCACUUACGUGGAGUAUAUCGGGCGGAAGAAGAUCAGCCCUCCGACACCUAAACCCCGACCACCGAGACCCCUGCCUGUGGCCCCCGGGACAUCCCGAGAGGCGGGGGCCGAAGCGCAGGCUUUCAUGCUCCUGGAUCUGACGGAACAGUUCUCACCACCAGAGACUGCCCCAGCAGUCCUUAUCAAGCUCAUAGAGACCAUUGAAAGAAAAGGCUUGGAAUCCACCACGUUAUAUCGAUCCCAGAGUGGCAUCAGCGUGGCAGAGCUCCGUCAGAUCCUUGAUUAUGAUACUGCAGCGGCCGAUUAUGAACAUUUGGACUUACCAGAUCUGGGUGAUGCUGUAAAGAGAUACCUGAUAGAUCUCCCUAGCCCCGUCAUUCCAGCCACCACCUACAAUGAAAUGCUCUCUGCUGUUAAAGAAUCCUUAACCUCGGAUGACUACGCUCAGCUGCUGAGGAAGAUCAUCCAGUCGGCGAAUGUGCCCCAACAGUACUGGCUGACGCUCCAGUAUAUGCUGAAGCAUUUCUUUACACUUUGUCAGAGUUCCAGCAAGAACUUACUGAAUGCAAAGCUACUGUCGGAAAUCUUCAGCCCGCUUCUCUUCAGAAACCAGGUCGGAAGCUCGGACAGCCCAGAAUACAGCACUCAGAUUCUGGAAGUUCUUAUUGCCAGUGAAUGGAACGAGCAGCCAGCAGCGCCAGCACUGCCUCCAAAACCUCCCAAAUCCACCACUGCUGUAACCAACAACGGUACUAAUCACAGUAUGUCUCUGCAAGAUGCUGAAUGGUACUGGGGCGAUAUCUCAAGGGAGGAAGUAAACGAGAAACUUCGUGAUACCACUGAUGGUACCUUCUUGGUACGAGAUGCAUCUACAAAAAUGCAUGGGGACUACACACUUACACUAAGGAAAGGGGGAAAUAACAAACUCAUUAAAAUAUUUCAUCGAGAUGGAAAAUAUGGUUUCUCUGACCCAUUAACUUUCAACUCUGUGGUCGAGCUGAUCAUCCACUACCGGAAUGAGUCUUUGGCCCAGUACAAUCCAAAACUAGAUGUUAAGCUCUUGUAUCCAGUAUCCAGGUUCCAACAGGAUCAAGUAGUGAAAGAAGACAGCAUUGAAGCUGUUGGAAAGAAGUUGCACGAGUAUAACCUCCAGUUCCAAGAAAAGAAUCAGGAGUAUGAUAGAUUGUAUGAAGAUUAUACCAGGACUUCUCAGGAGAUCCAAAUGAAAAGAACAGCCAUUGAAGCUUUUAAUGAAACCAUUAAGAUCUUUGAAGAGCAAUGUCAAACCCAGGAGAAGUAUAGUAAGGAGUACAUCGAGAAGUUCAGGCGGGAAGGAAACGAGAAGGAAAUACAGAGAAUUCUUCAUAAUUAUGAAAAAUUAAAAUCUCGAAUCAGCGAGAUUGUUGACAGUAAACGAAGGUUGGAAGAAGACCUCAAGAAGCAGGCUGCUGAAUACCGGGAGAUUGACAAACGUAUGAAUAGUAUUAAACCGGAUUUGAUACAGCUGAGGAAGACCAGAGAUCAGUACUUACUGUGGUUGACACAAAAAGGAGUAAGACAGAAGAAGUUGAACGAGUGGCUGGGCACAGAGAACACAGAAGAUCAGUACUCUACAGUGGAAGAUGAGGAUUUACCUCACCACGAUGAAAGGACGUGGAAUGUAGGGAAUAUUAACAGAAUUCAAGCCGAGAGCCUGUUACGUGGAAAGCGAGAUGGAACAUUCCUUGUACGGGAGAGCAGCAAGCAAGGGUGCUACGCCUGCUCUGUAGUAGCGGAUGGUGAGGUGAAGCACUGCGUCAUCAACAAAACCCUUACCGGCUAUGGAUUUGCAGAACCAUACAACUUAUAUAGCUCUCUGAAAGAACUGGUGCUACAUUACCAACACACGUCACUUGUACAGCACAAUGACUCUCUCAACGUCACACUAGCAUACCCAGUAUACGCACAGCAGAGGCGAUGAGCACCUAAAAAACUCUGGAGUCUAUUCUCGCGUCGACAAAGUUGAUGCCAGUUUCGGCAAGGAAAAUAAAAAAUCCUAAAGCUCCCUCGUCCGCCUACUUCACAAGAUUGAGCUGCAGUAUCAAAGCUACCUUCAGAUGAGACAAGGGCUUUCUUUCGCCAUGGAAGCAGGAGAUGAGUGUUAAGCUGUGAAUGUAUGUUUCUAAGCUAAUGUGCUUGCUUUGUAAGAUCAAGAAGCACAGCAACAGAAAGAUAUGCUAUUAUAAGCCUAUCUCCCGGCCUGCAGGUACUUCGAGGCCUUCACCAUGGUGCUUGUUUACGUUCUAUUGAAGCUUUACCAGCUUGAAUGUUGGUCACCGCAGAUCCAAGAAGCCAAGGUGUCUUUUUGCUAGAACAGUACUGUUGUUUUCUUCAUUUAUUUUUUUUCGUGAGGGGGAAAAUAGUUUCCAGGACAACCUUUCAAGGACCAGUGACGUAUUGCUAAGUGGAUCUACCCACACAGCCUUGUGGAUUGUCUCACUUUCCAGAAAAAAAUGUAGCAGAACGGCACUUAGGGAGAAAUUUGGCUAAAUGGAACCUUUAUGAAUUUGCUUCAACCCUAGCAAAGUGCCAGGAAGUGUUUUUAUUAAGACUUUAUCAUGAAAAGAAUUCUGUUAAGAGAACCUAUUUAAUAUGGACGAUGACAGGAUGGGAACUGAUAAACAGUAUAUAUAUAUAAAUAUAUAUGUAUAUGGCAAUGAGGACAAGCUCUCAAAAAGAAAACUAUCAAUACCAAACUGUCUUUUUAUUUUGCUGACUGCUGAAUCCUUAAUGCUAUGCAACAUCCGUUUUCUUUAAAGCUGUUUGUUUUUUUUUUUUGUUUUUUUUAUACGUACCAAUAACAUACCUUUCUGUCCAUGAAAUGUUACCUUUUUUGUUAUGUUUUUUUGUGUUUGAGAUGUGCAGUACGUUUGAAGGGGUAGAAGCGGGCGGUAAUAGCCGAGGUGAAGAGAAUCACGGGAAUUUAAAGAGCUAUUUUACCAUAAACCUUGUAUAGAGUAACUUGGCUUUAUGCCCAAGAUUAAAGAAGAGACUUAAUUCAAAAUUCAUUACAUAUAUUUGAUUCAUGCAUUGUUGGGCAGUGCCUAAUGAGCUUCAAAGCUGCUUUUUUUUUUUUUUUUUUUUUUUCUUUUUUAAGAAAACAAAGAAAAUAAAACCUUUAAAAGAAAUAUAAAUAUAUAAACCUAAUAAAUCAGA